UCAAUGUCCAAUUAUAUCCAUCUAAACAUGCAAGCCGGGCUCUAGACAAAACGAUCUGUACUCCAUGAUCUCACUGCUUCCUUUCCUCCAUACAGACAGUUUGUUUUGCUUUUCCGCUGUGGAGCUGAUUCUGCCAUCAUCUACCGCCUUGUCUACGUAUGUAGGAGACACGCAGCAUCAUGUAUACACGUCACGCGGAUUGCUGAUCCCAUGUUUAUAACGAGAGAGCUCCAUAGCGAUUAGCCACCUUUCUGUUCAGCAAGAGUUUGAGAGCUCUUUGUACGGCACCAUGGAUCAACCUCUCCAGGCGCAGCAGGGUGAACUGAACUGGCGUCUCAGCGCCCAUCCGAUCACUCUUCUGUUCUUCCUGGGCUUCCGCACCAGUGCGCUGUUGAUGUAUCUAUUCGGUGUUUUAUUUAUCAAGAAUUUCGUCCUUGUCUUCAUCCUAACUCUCCUCCUCCUCUCCGCGGACUUUUACUAUUUGAAGAACAUCGCCGGACGUCGAUUAGUCGGUCUACGCUGGUGGAACGAAGUCAACACUACUACCGGUGAUUCACACUGGGUCUUUGAAUCCUCCGACCCGGCCACGCGCACCAUCUCGGCCACAGACAAGAGGUUCUUCUGGCUCAGUCUGUACGUGACACCUGCGCUGUGGAUUGGACUCGCCGUUCUGGCGAUUGUCAGGUUGAGCAGUGUUAUUUGGUUGAGCCUAGUGGCCAUUGCGUUGGUGCUGACCAUCACCAAUACGGUUGCGUUCUCCCGUUGCGACCGCUUUAGCCAGGCUUCUACGUAUGCUAGCAGGGCGUUUGGGGGCAACAUUGUGAAUAACCUUGCUGGGGGUCUGCUGGGCAGACUUUUCAAGUAAACUGCAGUCGAAUCUAUGCCAUGUAUGAUUUGCGUCAUUUUCUUUUAGGGACAGUAGUCCAAGGUUAUCCUUACUUUGAUGUCAUUCCUAGGGAUGAGAAUAGCUGGAGCGUUGUAUGAAUAUUCACAAUUUUAUACUAAAACAUAUGUGAUAAGCAAGCAGGUCAAGAGAUCAUGAGAUUACUGUGGUUAGUAUGGUUGAUGACCAAGUAUGUGGAUACAUCUGUCAUUUACACAGACACUAAGCUGAUCUCGUCAGCUAAGGUACUUUAGUUAUGACUAGAAAUGUUACUGCCUAAGCUGAGAUUAAGUGACAAUAAUUACACAGGACUGUCGGCUUAGGGCAGCAG